AGCGCCGCGAUCACAGCAACAAGACAACCAAAAUAAAGUGAGCACAACAAACCCGUAGCGCAUGAUGGCGGCCUUGCUGCUGCGCCGGGACAAGAGAUCCACUGCCGCCCAUCUGAAGGCUGACCUGAAGAGGACUGACAACAGCUCGGGGCUGCGGCAGCUGCGGGAGCUGCUGGAUAGCGUGCUGCACCCGGAGCGGGGCUCGGAGCCGGAGGCGCUAGAGUGGUGUAAAUGGCUGCUGGCUGGAGGCGACGGCUUCGACGAGUUCUGCCGGACCGUCCGAUCCUACGAUAACGCCACCCUCUGUGGGCUGGUGUGGACCGCCAACUUCGUGGCGUACCGCUGCCGGACCUGCGGCAUCUCUCCGUGCAUGUCGUUAUGCGCGGAGUGCUUCAAUAACGGCGACCACACGGGCCACGAUUUUAACAUGUUCCGGAGUCAGGCCGGCGGGGCCUGUGACUGCGGGGACGGGAACGUGAUGAGAGAGAGCGGGUUUUGCAGUAGGCAUCGGUUAAAAACGGGAGAGAAUGUGCCAUCGGUCCCUCGGGAUCUGCUGCUCAUGUCUGAGAUGGUGCUGCCGCGGUUUAUCAUCACUAUCAUUCAGUACCUGAGAGACGGCUACACGGAGCCAGAGUCGCCCGCUGACAGAGAUCUGCAGAAGGUUCUUCAGCAGUUAGACCUGCACAUAUCCUUCUUAGAAGAGCUCACCAAGAUGGGCGGGGCCAUGCGCACCGUUCUCACCAAGAUCCUAACCAAUCAGCAGACCUUUAAAGAACUGAGCAUGGGUCAAGAGGAGAAUGUUUAUGCGAAGAGGAACUAUGAGAAGUAUCUGUCAGCAUUGAAGAGUUCAGGUUUGGUGUCAGUGGAGGAGAAAGGAGCAGGAGCUGGGGCAACAGACACCCCAGCUGGGGCAGGAGCGCUCGGUCUACUGGGAGCUACUGCUGCUGCCAGUCUAGAGGACUCUAGUAAAGAGGAGGAUCAGGAUGGACUGCAGGGUGUGGGUCAGAGGAAAAGAGUGAAGCUCAGUAGCAGUACCAAAGAUCCAUCCAUAAUGGACACCCUGAAACAUAAAUGUUUUUUAGAAGAGUUGUUGUUUUGGACUAUUAAGUAUGAAUUUCCACAGAAGAUGGUCACUUUUUUGCUCAACAUGUUGCCAGAUCAGGAUUACAAGAUCACGUUCACUAAAACAUUUGUACAGCACUAUGCCUUCAUCAUGAAGACCCUCAUGAAGAGCCACGAGUCGGACACCAUGUCCAACCGCAUCGUUCACAUCAGCGUGCAGCUCUUCAGCAACGAGGAGCUGGCCCGACACGUCACAGAGGAGUGCCAGCUACUGGACAUCAUGGUCACCGUGCUCCUCUACAUGAUGGAGAGCUGCCUCAUCAAGAGCGAACUGCAAGAUGAGGAGAACAAUCGUCACGUGGUGGUGAACUGUGGUGAAGCUCUACUGAAGAAUAACACCUACUGGCCUUUAGUUAGUGAUUUUAUUAAUAUCCUCUCACACCAAAGUGUGGCCAAGCGCUUCCUGGAGGAUCAAUCUCUGUUGAUGCUCUGGAUGAGUUUCGUCUCCUUCUUCCAAGGGAUGAAUCUGAACAAGAGAGAGCUGAAUGAGCACGUGGAGUUCGAGUCUCAGACGUAUUAUGCAGCGUUUGCAGCCGAGCUGGAGGCCUGUGCUCAGCCCAUGUGGGGUCUCCUGACACACUGCAAAGUCAAAGAAACCCAAGAGUACACGAAGACAGUGGUGCGGUACUGUCUGGAAACCCUCCAGAUGUGGUUUGAUGCCAUUGGGUUUGUAGAUGAGCCUGCCCUCAACCAGCUGACCUUUCACUUACCGCUCCACAGAUACUACGCCAUGUUCCUCAGCAAGGGAGUGAAGUGUCAAGGUCUGGAUUUAGACAGUUUGCUUCCUGAUCAGGAGAUGCUUAUGAAGAUCAUGGUCCACCCUCUUCAGAUACAGGCUAGCCUGUCUGAGAUCCACAGUAACAUGUGGGUGAGAAACGGGCUGCAGAUUAAAGGUCAGGCCAUGACUUAUGUCCAGUCUCACUUCUGUAACUCCAUGAUUGACCCGGACAUCUACCUCCUGCAGGUGUGUGCGUCCAGACUGGAUCCAGAUUACUUCAUCUCCUCUGUGUUUGAGAGGUUCAAGGUGGUGGACUUGCUGACGAUGGCGUCUCAGCAUCAGAACGCAGUGCUGGACUCGGAGCAGGAGAGACCCAUGCUGGAGGGAGCGCUCACCUUCCUGGUCAUCCUCAGCAGUCUCCGAGUACACUUAGGAAUGUCUGAUGAUGAGAUUUUGAGAGCCGAGAUGGUGUCGCAGCUGUGUAUGAAUGACCGUACCCACAGUUCCCUGCUGGAUCUUAUCCCGGAAAACCCCAACCCUAAGAGCGGUGUGGUGCCGGGCAGCUGUAGUUUUGAGGAGAUGCUGGCUGCUGUCGCUGAUUUUAAAGCCCCGGUGUUUGAGCCUGGAGGAUCCAUGCAGCAGGGCAUGUACACCCCUAAAGCGGAGGUCUGGGAGAAAGAGUUUGACCCUAUAAUGGUGAUUCUACGCACAGUGUACCGCAGAGACGUGCAGUCGGCCAUGGAUCGAUACGGAGCAUUUUUGAAACAGUCAGGCGUUCAAACGGGGAACCCCUGGCCGCCCUAUAAGGAGAGGACCCCUCUGCACCCCUGCUAUAAAGGACUGGUGCGCCUUCUGCACUGCAAAACCCUGCAUAUAGUCAUCUUUACACUGCUUUACAAGAUCUGGAUGGAUCAUCAGAACAUGUCUGAACAUGUGUUGUGUAUGGUGCUCUACCUGAUAGAACUUGGUCUUGAUAAUCAGGUCCAGGAUGACAAAGUGGAAGAGGAGCCCUGUAUUGAGGAGCACUGCCAUGACAGCUGGUUCCCGGGCACCAGUCUGCUGUCUAACCUCCAUCACGUCAUCAACUUCGUGCGGGUCCGAGUGCCAGAGACGGCACCUGAGGUGGAGAGGAAGAGAGAGAGGGAGAGAGAACGAGAAACUCCAGCCAGCACCAGCUCUGAGAGCAGCAGCUUCGGACAGAGUUCCCGAAGGCUGACGGGAAAUUGGAGAGAGAACCUGCGUGAAGCUCAGGUGUUCAGUCUAGUGGCGGAGCGCAGAAGGAAGUUCCAGGAGAUCAUAAACCGCAGUAACCACGAGGCCAGUCAGGCGGUGCGGCCCAAGUCCUCGUCCUCUCGCUCGCUGCCGCCCGGCUCGCCUCCGCAGCUGGUGACCGAGAUCCUGGAGAUCGGUGAGAGCAUGCUGUCUCUCCUGGUCAAGCUGCACCAGAAACUGUCUGGCAAGCAGAACUCUCUGUCUCUGAGCUGGCUGGCCGAGGCGGAUCCGGCCCAUCAUCCGCACGGAGAUGGGUUAACAGCCAUCGAAAGGAUCCUGGCCAAAGCUGCCGCCCGGAGCCGGCACAGCAAGAGGUGCCUCCAGGAGAUCUGUGGGAAGGUGUGUCCACCCAUACCGCCCAAAAAGAACAGUCCUGGAGAUAAGAAGAGCAUGGACAAGGAAGAGAGGCGUCAAAGGGCCAGAGAGAGACAGCAGAAGCUGCUGGCGGAGUUUGCCUCCAGGCAGAAGAGCUUCAUGGAGACUGCCAUGGAUGUUGAGUCCCCUGAAACGGAUGCAGUGAUGGACAUGGGCUCUGCAGAAGCUCUGGACUCAGAGGUUCUCUAUGACUGUGUGAUCUGUGGUCAAAGCGGCCCGUCUACUGAAGACAGACCCACAGGACUGGUGGUACUGCUGCAGGCCUCAUCAGUGUUGGGGCACCGCUGUCGUAGUGACACACCAAAGCGAUUGCCUACUACUGAUGAGGAACAUAUCUACCCCGUGGACACAUGUGGAGCGGCCCAUGAUGUUAGGCUGACCCUUAUGCAGCGCUACUUUAAAGAUAGUUCAUGUCUGCAGUCUGUGUCUAUUGGCUGGGAUGGGGGUGUGUAUGUGCAGACGUGCGGUCACACUCUGCAUAUAGACUGUCACAAGUCCUACAUGGAGUCCUUACGGAACGACCAGGUCCUUCAGGGGUUUUCUGUGGAUAAAGGUGAGUUCACCUGUCCGCUGUGUCGUCAGUUCGCCAACAGUGUUUUGCCCUGUCGUCCUGGCCGUGGGAUGGAGACGGGCGCCUGGCACACUCCCAGUAACAAGAGCAUGUCCACACUGGUGAGGGAAGUCGAGGACCUUCAGGAGCAGCUGGGCAUUUUCCCAGUAAGCGCCAGCCUAAAGCAGAGAGAUCCUAUACUGGCGGAGUCAAAUCUGAGUAAAGAGAUGGAAUCUGUUAUAAAGGACAUUAAAAACACCACGCAGAAAAAAUACAUGGAUUAUGGGAAGAACCCAGGGUCACCUGACAAUGACUUCCUGUUCAUGUACUCUGUGGCCAGGACUAAUCUGGAGUUAGAGUUGGUCCAUCGUGGGGGGAAUCUGUGCAGUGGAGGGGCCAGUGCUGCUGCCAAACGCUCCUGUCUCAAUCAGCUGUUUCAUGUGCUGGCCAUGCACAUGCGUCUCUACAGCAUAGAUUCAGCUUACAACCCCUGGACCAGACUCACACAGAGCACACACAGCAGAGACACCGAGUACUGUGAAGAACGUCCUGAGGUGCCCAUGCUCUUCAGAGACGUCCCGUCCCUCCUCAUCAUCUUCAUCCUCACCAUGCCUCAGCCUUUACGCAAAGAGCACUUCACGUGUGUGGUGAAGGUGUUGUACAGUCUGCAGUACACACAGGCUCUGGCCGCUCUGUCCGUCAGGUUCAGUCGUGAAGAGAGGCUCGCCUGGAGCAACACUGGAGCUGCCAAGAAGAACACGCCAAACUCUGACAAAUCAUGGGAGUCGCUCCUGGGUCACGUGAUCUCUGAGCUGACGAAGGCCAAAGAUGUGUAUGACACCAGCUCUGAGGAAGCACUGGUUUUGAGCUCCAGUGUGUGGUCUCCUCAGUCCAUCGAGUUCAGCCUGCAGCAGUUCUGUCUGCCCUUCCUGAGACUGUCCUGUCUACUGCAGCACCACCUGUAUGGAGACAGCUUACCCGGCUGCCUGGUGGAGGAGGAGUUCUCUCUGCUGGCCGGGUGUCUGGGUUUGGCUGGUUCUGCUCAGUCCAGUGCUGCGUGUCUGGAGUGGAACAUCAGUGCUUUCGAUCUGAUCAGUCAGUGGUGUUCAGAAGUCAUCGCUCUGUCUGAUGCUCCCACCCAGCAGUCCGUGUCUCUUUUAGUUCAGGAUCCGCAGUGGGCCGCCCCUCGCCUCCUGCACCUGCCAGACAACUACAACACCAUCUUCCAGUACUACCACAGCAAAUCCUGCACCAGCUGCGGCAAGACCCCCAAAGACCCCGCGCUGUGCCUGGUGUGCGGCGCCUUCGUCUGUCUGAAGGGGCACUGCUGUAAACAACAGGGCGUCUGUGAGUGUGUGCUGCACUCUCAGCACUGUGGAGCAGCGACUGGUAUCUUCCUCCUGAUUAACGCCUCGGUCAUCAUUAUCAUCCGAGGCCAUCGCUUCUGUCUGUGGGGGUCUGUGUAUCUGGACGCUCAUGGAGAGGAGGACAGAGACCUACGUCGAGGAAAGCCUCUGUAUUUAUGUGAGGAGAGAUACCGCGUUCUGGAGCAGCAGUGGGUCUCGCACACCUUCGAUCACAUCAACAAGCGCUGGGGUCCCCACUACAAUGGACUUUAACAGCUCAGCCCACGUACGUCCUGGAGAGGACCGCUCUCAUGAUGUCAGUGCCAGCCUCUGAUGAUUUCUGUCAUGUAAUUAUAAAGAAAACCUGCAUUGAGUUGGCCACAGCCUGGGUUCAUGUCAAGUGUACAAUCAAGCGUGUGUGUUUGCGUGUGUUUUAAAGUGAUUUUUCGUGUGGAUUUAGAGGGGGAAAUUAGUUUUGUCCCAGCAAGCUGAAGGUGCAAGCUCACUGAAUGAAUCUUUGUCUAGUCUGUUGGACACACAGAGUGGAAUAAUACUCCCGUUCUUUUAACUUUUGGAAAACUGACAUGGUUUUUGAGGAAACAAAAAAAAAAUUUUGGCCAAUGUUAAACAAGUCAUGUACAGAUAUCAGAAUGAAUAUCAAAACCUUGAAUGCUAAAGGUACCAAGACUCUCAACAUAACAUAUCCCCCACACCACACCACGACCACAUCAUGCUAUUUGAGUUGAAGCACAUCUCAUAAGACGAAAUAUCAACCGAUUAGAGCUAAAGCAAGGUUUGUCUGACUCGAGGUGUAGUUGCAGUCAUCCUCAGGAAUUUUAUUUUAUAUUUUCUUUUCUUUUGUUUGGUAGUCUCAGAUAAAAGAUUUUAAUAUAUAAGUGCUGCUAUUCAUUGUUUGAAAAAAGUAAAUUAUAGCUUUGUAAAAAUAUUUUUACAAUUUGCAUCUUUUUUUCUUUUUCUUUUCCUAAUGAAGGUUUUGUUUUUGAUGGUGGUUGGCUGGUCUGUUAAGUUCAUUAUGAAAAUAAAUAAAAAUAUCCCCUACAACCUUGUAGCACAUAUUUAAUGGCUAGAGACCGAGCUAGUCAUUAAAUAAUGAUCUGUGGCUCUUUCCCCCCAUUCAUAAGGGUAACCUUUAAAUAUAAAUAAGAUAUAAUAAUAAUAAUAAUAAUAAAAUAAAAUGAAAAUUUGCAUUAAGAAAAUGAAGUUUAUUUUAGAAUAAAGUAUCUGUGCAUCAUUUUCUUAACGGUUGAACAUAAUUUGCCCCAAAUUCUUAAUGUAAACAAUCUUGAUGUUUCUUCUCCUUUUUCUUCUUCGUAGUAGGUGUGUGUGUGUGUGUGUGUGUGUGUAAGAGAGAGAGGAGUCUAUUUGUUUCUUUAUUGUAAAGAGUGGGCAGAUGUGUUUAAUUUGUCCUGAAAAUAAUGCAAUACAAUUAAAGUUCAGAAAAUCAGCUUGUUUUUUUUUUUUUUAGGGGUAAGGUGAAAUAACGAUCUGGGGAUAUUAUUGAAUAUUCCUAAAAUUCACCGAACAAUAACCAGAAAAUUUAUCUACAUAACCACCAAGUCAGUUGUCCCUCAAAGUUUGAUUUUCUUCACAAUAUUCUAAUUACAUGAUGUCUGGACUGGUGUCAGAUGGUCCAUAGGGGGCAGUUUUUGCCAUUACCCAGAGUUUUGGUUCAAAUUGCCAUUCGAUGGCUGUUCUGUUGGUCUUAUACAUCUAGUGGCUUGAUGCACAUUUGCAAAAACCUCUGAAGUUAAGAAAGUUAUUCAUAAUUGUCUUGACUGAGUUUUGUAGCAGCUGGCUUCUAUGGCCUAAUUUCUCCUCCUCUAGGGUUUUGCAGGUAGUGACGUUUUCUCUUGUUUAAAGACAUUGUGUUGUUGUGACUAUAUUUAAAUGCGCACACCACUCAGGAUAUUGAAUUCCUGAUCUGAAGUGUUCCUGAGAAAAGGGUUGUCACUUUGUUCUACUUCUUCAAACUCGGCCAGAUUGUGUGUAGAUCCUUUAUGCAAAAGUAUCAAGACCAAAUAAAAGCAUAAUAAUACUAUCUGUUUUUAUGUUAUCAGAAAGUAAAGAAAAAAGAUAAUUUAGAACUUGAUACAAAUUGACAUUUUAGCUAAGGCUAGUUUUCCAGUCCAAUACACAUGGUGUUCCUCAAAGCUCUGUCCUUGGACCAUCUUUGAUUGUGUAAUCUGUAAUUGUAGAGAGGGCAUUGUGCAUGCACAAGUUAACUAUUUGAAAAUGCAUUAAAAUGGAUCAUGUCAAAUUGAAUAUUGCAGCCCAGUCCGGUGAUGGACAUGUAUGGUGGGGCACACAAUUUCUUUAUUUUAUGCAGCUCCUGCGUUAGCAAAUGGUUUAGUUUAAGUACUCUCUCAUUUAAUCCUUGUCCCCUUAAAAAGUAAGAUCAAGUUUCACAUUGACAUAAAAUGACCCCAAUCUAAACCUUAUUGUGAUUCACCUUGUCUGACUCCACGUUGAGAGUUCUUGGGGAAAAAAAAGACGAGAAAAUUGUCCCUUCCUUUUUGUUUUAAUUGUAUAUAGAAAUUAAGUACACACAUUUAAAUGAAGUUUGCAGCAGAGUUUCCAUGUGAUAUUGAGUGUGUCUCUUUUGAUUGUGGUUCACAAUCAAAACAAUGGCAUCAGUGGAGCCCUUGCAAUAAGAAUAAUCAGUGUGAUUAACAGUGACACAUGUGAUGUCCAUCUAUAUUGAGGGCAUUUUGCUUUUUGUUUGUUUCCUGCUGAAAACAGACAAGCACCCUCAACACCACACACACACACCAGGAAAGCAUGUUUGGUUUGUAUUGAUCAGUUUGAUUGGUAGAUAUUGUUUAUCAUUGCUGCGAUCAUACCAUGCUGGAGGGAUGAUGUUUUCAGUGCACUUGAAGUUUGCUUUCUUGUCUAAUGUUUCUUGAUUUCUUGCAUGCUGCGCUUAUUCUAUUUAAGUAUUUUUUUUUUUUUAAAGAGUUUUUACUCUCCUUCCCAACUUUGUAUAGACAGACAGUUGUGGUAAGUGUGAUGGGUGGAUAAUGCUGGUGUGUUCUCCUGCAGUGAAUGCUUGUCAGGCAGGCAGUAAUACAGUACAUUACUGUAGGUGCUGAUUCAGACUUUAUGAUGUCAUCUCUGAAAGGGUGACUUUUAAUGACAUUUAACGCAAAAUGUAACAUAUGUGAAUAAAAUAUACAGAUGCUCUGA